GCGAGCGCGCAAGGGGGGCGGGCGGACGAAACGACGCAACCGGACAGACUGGGCGCGGUGCGGUGCGGUGCGGUGCGGGAGUGGCCGCGCGAGGACGGUGAGAGAGGAGGCUGGUAAAGGCGAUGGUGGUCCGCAUAUGGUCGUCGCGACCGGGACGGCGACGGAUGCCAGCUGCGACGGCAAAAACGAUGUCCACGUGUCGUCCUGUUUCCUUCCUGCUGCGUCUCCCUCUCACCCUUUCUGUCUUCGCUGGUAUCUGCGACAGCCAUUUCGUCAGCCAUGCUCACGGCCUCGAAGUUAAUAAUGAUGGCGAUGGCAGGAAGGCGAUGGAGGUGGUGGGUGGGUGGUGGGAAGGAGCCCACUUGCGGCGGGUUGUUCCCGCGGGUCCUGAUCGUGUUCCUGGUAGGGGCCCGGAGCCAGGUGCUGAUGUUGAGACGUGGGCCUACGGUGGCAGUCGCGGGGGUGUUGGUGGCGAUGCCAAGGAAUCUUCUUGGUCAACACUUGGUCUAGCUACUACCGGUCGUGGCUUAGCUACUACCGGUAGUAGCAGUAGUUGGGGCGCAAAGAGAUGGCGAGCAGAGGAUGGUGGUCCCGGUGUCCCGACCUUCCUCAAUUUUGGACCAGGACCAGACGUGGACCCAAGCGGCGAUGGCGGACAUCGAUACGGCCGACCGACUGGCCCAGCAGCUGUAUCAGUCACGCUUGGAGUGGAUGAUACUGUUGUUAUUGCUACUGUCCUGGAAGGCCCUGUUCCAGGUUUAGAUUCAGGUCCUGGUUUAUAUCGUGUUCCAGGUUCGGACGGCGAUAUAAGCAGUGGUGAAAGUGGAGCUCAUCGACGCGUAGGAGCUGGGGAUGGUGAUGGUGUUGUUGUUGCAUUUGUCCUUGACGACAACGUUACUGAUUUGGAUUCCGUUCCAGGUUUAGAUUCUGUUCCAGAUUUAGAUUAUGUUCCAGAUUUAGAUUCUGUUCCAGGUUUGGAUUCUGUUCCAGGUUCGUUCGGCCAUGUAAGCAGCGGUAGACGUGGAGGUCAUCGACCCGUAGGAGCUGGGGAUGGUGAUGGUGUUGUUGCGACUGUUGUCCUCGACGACACUGUUCCUGGUUUAGUUUCCGUUCCAGGUUUGGAUUCUGUUCCUGGUGUAGAUCCCGUUCCAGGCUCGGGCGGCGAUGUAAGCAGCGGUCGAAGCGGAGGUCGUCGACACGUGGCAGCUGCCGCCGCUGCUGCAGCUGCUGCCAGGUUUCCAUCUGGAACAGGCUUUGGCGGCAAGCGAGUAUCAUGGCCGACUGCGGCACGAAGACAAGGAAAAGGGGGAGGAGGAGCAGGAGGAGGAGGGGAUGGUGGAUCUCCAGGGAUCGCGUUGACUUUGACCCAGAAGGGUUUGACUUACACGAAAGAGGUGUUAGUUGAAGAAGUGUUGAAGGACAUGAUUCCCCUGCGCGUGCCAGACCUGAGAACCUCCUCGGCGGCGGAGUUUGGCGAAGCGGAUGCGACGCUUCACAACAUAGUCGUUUCCUCGCUCGACGUGCCGGAGUCCGCCGUCGACCUGAGCGCCGGGUCCGUCACCAUAUUCGGGGCGGGGAUUCUAGCCCACGUGUCGCUCGAGUGGAAGUACUCGCUGUCCAAUCCCUACAUCCCGAUCCCGAUCGGCGACGAGGGGACGGCCGACAUCACGCUGCACGGCAUGCAGUCUGGCGUGACGUUCACCAUGACGGAGUUCAACGGCACGCUGGUCAUCUCGGUGAUAGAGUGCGGAAGUUUCAUCGAAGAUUUGCAGAUCGAGAUGCACGGCGGCGUCUCCUGGCUGUAUAAUUGGUUCAUCAGGAGCUUCUCGGAGAAGAUCAAGUCGGCGGUCCAGGACGCGAUAACCAAAGGGGUAAUCGCGUCAGUGGGCAAGCUUGACGCCUACGUGCAGGGCUUGCCACGUCGGCUUCCGAUCGAUGACGUGGCAGCGAUUGAUGUGACCAUCGUCUCCGACCCGACAAUGCAACCCGAGUACCUGUCAGUCGGGACGAAGGGGGAAUUCGUUAGCGUGAGCGGCGGCGGCAGCGGCGGCGGCACCCGGGAUGCGCCGCCGCCGCCGCCGGCGCAGGUUCCGCGGCUUGCGACGGCAUGCGGGGAGGUGGAAAAGAUGGUCACUGUUGCGCUUAGCGAGUUCGUACUCAACUCCGCCUCUGCGGUAUAUCACGCCUCUGGAUCCUUCCAUUGGUCUGUGGACGAAUUGCCGGACAAGUCCCCCAUCCGGCUGAACACAAGUAGUUGGCGAUUCAUGCUCCCCCAGCUGUAUCUCAAGUAUCCUAAUAGGGCCAUCCAUCUGGACGUGAUGGUGACCUCGCCGCCUGUGGUCUUGUUGAGGGAGGAGGGGAUCAAAGCGGAGGUGCAAACGGAUUUGACAAUCCAAGUGGCAAACGCUACACAAACAGAGCUAGGGGAGGAGGAGGAGGAGGAGGAGGAGGAGGGAGUUGUGAAGGGAGAACAAGUGCUUGUGAAGGAAAGAGGAGGAAGAGAGGUGGACGUGGACGAGACAAGCAGAAUACGAGGUGAAGGAGGAGAAGGACGGGGGAGGAGGGAGAAAGGGGAAGGAGGGAGAAAGGGGAAGGAGGGAGAAAGGGAGAAAGGGGAAGGAGGGAGAAAGGAGGAAGAAAGGGGGAGGAGGGAGAAGGGGAAGGAGGAGAAGGGAGAAGGUGGAGGAGGAGAAGGACGGGGGAGGAGGGAGAAAGGGGAAGGAGAAGAAGGUGACGGAAGAGAACGAAGAACAGCGAUGGAAGCGGAGGAGGAGAGGAGAGACGUGGAGAGAAGAAGAAGAAGAAGAAGAAGGGCAGGAACAGAGGAAUUCGGGUUGAGAAUAGAGAGAGGAAAGCGAAGUGCAGUAAGAGGAGAAGGAGACGGAAGAGGAAGAAGAUUAUCAAGAGAGAUGGCGAUGGCGAUGGUGACUGAUGGACGACGACGAGGCAUUGCAGACGACGAUGCUGUGUCGGUUGCCUGCUUGGGGAUGACGGUCGCGAUUGAAGGAGUGGCGGAGAUCGACGGCAAUAAUAUCACGGGCAGAGCGUCGCUGGAUGAUCUCAAACUGACUCAAAAGUGGAGCAAUAUUGGGAGAAUUCCGGUGUCCGUGAUCCAGUCCGUGGUUCGGACUGUGGUCAAAGGGAUAAUUGUUCCCGCGAUUAAUUUCCAUUUGAAAAAGGGUUUCCCGCUGCCCAUCUUGCCAGGUGUCACGUUGAGGGACGCUGUUGUGAAGUAUGCUAACCGGUCGUUGGUCGUCUGCACUGACGCAGAGUACGAGGCACGGUCGGGGUCGCUCGCUUCAAACCCGCUUGAAACUGUCACGCUUGCGACAGUUUUGUCGUCGUCAUCGCGCCUCCUUGUGUCGUCGUGACCCGCCUCUCCUCUCUCUCUCUCUCUCUCUCUCUCUCUCUCUCGCUCUCCCCUUUCGCAUGGCACGAUUGGGUAGAGGAAGAGGGUGUCUGCGGAAAAUGACGUUUUCUGUAAAUGCGGAGAGAGAGAGAGAGAGAGAGAGAGAGAGAGAGAGAGAGAGAGAGAGAGAGAGCAAAUGUAGACAGGAUGUUCCGAGGGUUGGGGGUGAGAUAGUCAGGUGCUGUCUGCAGUAAUCGUUGUCUGAGCAUAUGGGCGAUGCAAUGCCUGUUGUAUUGAGCCGCACGUGUUGUAAUACAUUGUGCUCUGUGUGUGUGUGUGUGUGUGUGUGUGUGUGUUUGAGCGAGCGAGCGAGAGAGAGAGGAUCCGAUAGCACGGAUCGUUUAGCGGUAGGAGAUUAGAUGCCAACGAUAGGGCCACUCGUCAUUAUGGGGGGGGAGGAGAGAGAGAGAGAGAGAGAGAGAGAGAGAGAGAGAGAGAGAGAGAGAGAGCGUAGAUAGCGAAGGUUGUUCGAGGCUUGAUGCGUUUGUAAGCUUUAGAGCAUAGGGCAAUUGGGCGACACCUCGCCGUCUGCAUGAAUUGCUAUUGAGGUCCCAGCGCGGUCUGGCAAGGGUUUCUCCUCCUUGACCCCCGCCUCCCCCCCCCCCCCCCCCCCCCCCCCCCCCCCCCCCCCCCCCCCCCCCCCCCCCCCCCACCAUGUGUGAGGAGAAAGUGGAAACAAGAUCGACGUUAGCGUUGACAUCGUUAUUUUGUUUCUUUCUAGUUCUGUUAGUCAUAGCCCGCACAUCGAGGAGGAGGAUCAUGCUAUCUGCCAUGGAAUGGGUGGGAUUAUGUUUUUCUUUUCUUUUCUUUUUUUACUUUUUAUUUGGGCGGGAUUGUGUCGAGUGUUGGCAUCCAGAGCUGCAUCAGGAUGCAAUCGAAGGCGGCGUGUGUGGCUCAUCCCGACAGGAGAGAAGGCGUUGAUGUUACUUCAUAUGUUUGUGUGUGCGUGUGUGUGUGUGUGUAUGGGGAGGGGGCGGGGAAGGGGGUAAUAGUAUAACGCACAUGUUGUA